CAUUGAGCCCCGCACGUCACCAGCGCCUUCCCCUCGUCUGCUUGCCCGCACGACGCAGCCGCAGCCGAAGACACAGACAGCACCGUCCUUGCACACAGUUAGGCCGGAAAGAUCCAACUCAACCAUGUCCAUCUUGAAGGUCUACGCUCGUGAAAUUUUUGACUCCCGUGGCAACCCCACUGUGGAGGUCGAUCUGUACACCAAGAAAGGUCUCUUCAGAGCUGCAGUGCCCAGCGGUGCUUCUACGGGCAUCUAUGAGGCUCUGGAGCUCCGUGACAAUGACAAAACUCGUUACAUGGGCAAAGGUGUCUCAAAAGCUGUUGAGAAUAUCAAUAAAAUAAUUGCACCUGCACUGGUUAGCAAGGAUGUGAAUGUCAAGGAGCAGGAGAAGAUUGAUAAGCUGAUGCUGGACAUGGAUGGAACAGAAAACAAGUCUAAAUUUGGUGCUAAUGCCAUCCUGGGCGUGUCCCUGGCUGUGUGCAAGGCUGGUGCAGCAGAGAAAGGCGUGCCGCUCUACCGCCACAUUGCUGACCUGGCUGGCAACCCUGAAGUCAUCCUCCCGGUGCCUGCUUUCAACGUCAUCAAUGGUGGCUCCCACGCUGGCAACAAGCUGGCCAUGCAGGAGUUCAUGAUCCUGCCCGUGGGCGCCAGCACCUUCAAGGAGGCCAUGCGCAUCGGCGCCGAAGUCUACCACAACCUGAAGAAUGUCAUCAAGGAGAAAUACGGCAAGGAUGCCACCAACGUAGGGGAUGAGGGCGGCUUUGCGCCCAAUAUCCUGGAGAACAAGGAAGCUCUGGAGCUGCUGAAGAAUGCCAUUGGCAAGGCCGGCUACACUGACAAGAUCGUCAUCGGCAUGGACGUGGCCGCCUCAGAGUUCUACAAGGGUGGCAAGUACGACCUGGAUUUCAAGUCUCCCGAUGACCCCGGCCGCUACAUCUCCUCCGACAAGCUGGCUGACCUCUACAGGAGCUUUGUUAAUGAUUACCCCGUCGUGUCCAUCGAGGACCCCUUCGACCAGGAUGACUGGGAGGCGUGGACCAAAUUCACGGCCAGCACCGACAUCCAGGUGGUGGGCGACGACCUCACCGUCACCAACCCCAAGCGCAUCGCCAAGGGCGUGGCCCAAAAGUCCUGCAACUGCCUGCUGCUCAAAGUCAACCAGAUCGGCUCAGUCACCGAGUCUCUGCAGGCCUGCAAGUUGGCUCAGAGCAAUGGCUGGGGUGUGAUGGUCAGCCAUCGCUCCGGCGAGACCGAGGAUACGUUCAUCGCCGACCUUGUGGUUGGUCUCUGCACUGGACAGAUCAAGACAGGCGCACCUUGCCGAUCCGAGCGCUUGGCCAAGUACAACCAGCUGCUCAGGAUUGAAGAGGAGCUCGGCGACAAGGCCCGUUUCGCUGGCCAGAAUUUCAGACACCCCAUCUGAGCUGCGCCUUCGUCCUCGGCGAGCCUUUUCAUCACACAUAAUCGUUACUAAAACGCCACGCUAAGUCAGCUGCCGUCUCCAAAUCUAUGGUCUGCGGCAUGGUGAAGCAUCAAGCACCUCCUCAACGUAUGCUUUAGUUCCUGCAAAAAUCAUAAUGGUAAUAAUAAUACUAAUAAUAGUCCCGUCUGUGUCUGUGACCGAGGCCUCUGUAUAGCUUUUGGUGAGUUGUAGUGAUUCUUGGACCUCUACUGAGUAUUUGAGCUACUGUAACUUUAGUACUGUCUCGAGCAGUGGAAAAGAAUUGUGUUCAAUGUGUCAUCUGACAAAAGUCUUGUGUUGCUGUGAGUGCUGGAAGAAAUAUAUAAUAAAAUAUAGUUUGAAAUGGAA